UUAUUCAUUAUUACUCUCCCUCAUUAUAGUAUUAUUGCAUUUGCAUCGCCAUAGAUCAAUGUUUAAGAAAUUACUCGUUGUUAUUCUUAUUCUAAUCAAUGAAUGAAUCGUGAUUCAUGUUUCAAUGAUGAUAGGAUUAAGAAAAUACACAACAAAGAGACCUCCCACAUUGAUUCUUACAUUUUCUGUUAUUUUUUUUGUUAUAAUUGUUACUGCUUACAUCUAUUCUACACCAACAACACCACAACGUCCUGAAAAAUGUAGUUUUUAUUCGUCUGAAGGUUGUCGCACGCGCGAUCUAUUUCCAAAUACUCAAUUUUCUCGAGAAUUAACCGAUCAAGAGAUCGAAUCUCGUGUAGUUGUUAAAGAUUUACUCAACUUUGUUCCUCUUCAAACUACAACACCUAAAGUUGCGUUCAUGUUCAUGACUCCCGGUUCAUUGCCUUUCGAAAAACUCUGGCACCUCUUCUUUCAAGGACAUGAAGGAAAAUUUUCAGUUUAUGUACAUGCAUCCAAGGAAAAACCAAGACAUAUCAGCAAAUAUUUUAUUGGUCGAGAAAUUCACAGCGAACCGGUGAGUUGGGGGAGUUUUGCGAUGGUUGAAGCAGAAAGAAGACUUUUGGCAAACGCGCUUUUAGACCCUGAUAAUCACCAUUUUGUAUUGUUGUCCGACAGUUGUGUACCUAUACGUCACUUCGAAUUUGUCUACAGCUACUUAAUGUAUACAAAUGUGAGCUUCAUCGAAUGCUUUCUCGAUCCCGGUCCUCAUGGAAAUGGAAGAUUUAUAAAGUAUAUGUUGCCUGAAGUAGAGCUAAAGGAUUUCCGAAAGGGUUCGCAGUGGUUUACAAUGAAGCGGCAACACGCUAUUAUAGUUAUCGCAGACAGUCUCUAUUACACAAAAUUCAAGUAUCACUGCAGGCCAAAUAUGGAGGGCGGACGCAACUGUUACUCAGACGAGCAUUAUUUACCGACCCUUUUCCAUAUGCUUGAUCCAGGUGGAAUUUCAAAUUGGUCGGUAACAUACGUUGAUUGGUCAGAAGGAAAAUGGCAUCCGAGAACAUUCGCUGGUCGAGAUGUUAAUUAUGAUGUCCUUAAAGCCUUAACCUCCUUUGAUCAAAGUCCACAUAUUACAAGUGAACUAAAGAGAACAAUAUUGAUGACACCUUGCAUGUGGAAUGGAUCAAAGCAACCAUGUUAUUUAUUUGCCAGGAAGUUUUAUCCCGAUGCCUUGGAAAGAUUGAUGUACUUUUUCUAUAAUACUACUACAAUUUAAACUAUUUUCAAUUCAUCGUCCUUUUUCGAUAAUCAACAGCUUAUGAUUAUGAUCCUUAGCCUCACUUUGACUCUUGAACAUAACAUUAGUCCCACAAUCCAUAAGCAAUUGGAUAAAGUUCUAUGGGGAGACAAGGAAACAUUGUGGAUUCAUUCAAACAUUUCAGUUGUUUUGACCUUGAAAGAUGAAUAGUUUGAUGUUCUUAUUUUA